AUGGAAAACGCUCAAUACACGAUUAAUUCAUUGAAAGAGUUGAAUCUCAAGCUUGCAUCCGAGAUUACUAAACUCAGGAAAGAGAAUGCUGAAAUUCCCGAACUUAGAAAAGAGAAAGAUUUACUUAUGGCUAGAAUCAUAGAAUUAGAACAAUCCGCAAAAGAAAGUGCAGAAAACACGAAAUUAAGAGAUGCUGAAAUCAACGAGCUUAGAUCCAGAGUUUCGAAAUUAGAACAGAAGGAUUCGCAAAAUGAUAAAGAAACAAGCAUAUAUAAAUCAUAUGAAGAUACCAAUCAAUCUUCAGUUAAUGACAUCUCUACUGAAACGGAAAACUCUAACAAGGUAUCUGGUAACGCCUCAAAUUCUGAUGUGCAUCAGGAGUCUUCAUCUCAACCGGAGGUUGGUUCAUCGGAGGAUAAAGAGAUCGAUGAAUUCCUGGAUUUGAAAAGUAAGGAAAGAGUUAGUAGCGAGAUAAAGCAACACAAUAGAGAGAAGAAGCUUCAACGUGAAUCAGCUGAAGACCAAUCCUCGAACUUAAUUUCAGAUACUUCUAUCUCUCCCGAGCAAAAUCAUGUAAGCGAAAAAUGCCAAGAAAUUUCCAUCACGAAUCCUGACGAUCGACAAAAAAACUUUUCAAAUCGUAAUAUAGAACAUUUAUCAGAAAGCAAGUCUACAAAUUAUAAUGAUUAUAUAUCUGAGGAGCCUGACAAAAUUGAACCCACUAAUAGACAGUAUAUUGAACAAGGAUUAAUAAAAGAAUUGCUCAGUAGCGCCCCUAUUGUAUCUUCAGUUUCUUCUGAGAUUAAAGAAUAUCGAACAUUUCAAAUCACAACACAAAGCUUAGUCCGUUUAUUUCAUUAUGCGAUACGAUCUAGACAUGAAGAAAUCCUAGCUUGGUACUAUUACUCAGAUAAUUUUGAAAAUAGAAUUAUUGAAAUUUGUCGUGAAUUAAGAGUUACAGAUAAAACUGCCAGAACGCAAUUAUACAAGGAAAUGUUAGAAAAUCUACCUGGUAUUACAUCAGGAAACUUGCGUAUGAAAACUUUAAGAGCUAAAAAAAUUCGAAUGCUAUUUGGGAAAAACGGGGUUGGAAUAGAUAAAAUCAAACGAGUUACCUACAGUAUAUAUGCUAUCUCUAGUCUUACUAAUAUUCAAAUUCAAAAUGUUAUCAAGAAAGUGACUUCAGUAGAACCAUUACGAGAAACCGUCACGAAAAAUGAUGACCAAACUAAAGCGAAGGUAAGUGUUUCAUCUAAUAAUAUAUUGCCAGAAAAUAAGAUUCCAUCUAUAGAUCAUGCAAGUGUAUCAUCUAUACCACCUGCCUUAAAACCCAUUACUGAGAAAGUCUUGCCCGAGAAACAGACCCAUGACCAUGCUUACUUUCGUAAUAAGACACUGUUGUGA